UUAGGCAGAGAUGUCACAGAGCGCGGCUCAGGGAUUGGGUAGCGUCGAGGGAGGUGGGUGGUGAUUGGGCGGUGCCCAGGAGAGGCUUGGGUGAGGUGCAGGCGCGCGAGCGGGAGUUCCGGCCGGAGGCCCAAGCUGAGGGCCGGCUCCUUCACCAUGGCUUCAGCCCAGCUGGACUACACCAUCGAGAUCCCGGACCAGCCCUGCCGGAGUCAGGAGGACAGCCCCGACGAAGGUGGAAAGGAGGCUGGGACUCGACUGCCUUUGGUGAUUCUCUUGGGCUGGGGAGGCUGUGCCGACAAGAACCUGGCCAAGUACAGCGCCAUCUAUCACAAAAGGGGCUGCAUCGUGAUCCGAUACACAGCCCCCUGGCACAUGGUCUUCUUCUCCGAGACCCUGGGCAUCCCUUCACUUCGUGUCUUGGCCCAGAAGCUGCUUGAGCUGCUCUUUGAUUACGAGGUUGAGAAGGAGCCCCUGCUCUUCCACGUCUUCAGCAACGCUGGCGUCAUGCUGUACCGAUAUGUGCUGGAGCUGCUGCAGACCCACCGGCGCUUCUGUCACCUGCGUGUGGUGGGCACCAUCUUUGACAGCGGUCCCGGUGACAGCAACCUGCUGGGGGCUCUGCGGGCACUGGCGGUCGUCCUAGAGCACCGGCCUGCUGCGCUCCGCCUGCUGCUCCUGGUGGCCUUCGCCCUGGUGGCCUUCCUGUUCCAUGUCCUGCUCGCGCCACUCACCGCCCUCUUCCACACGCACUUCUAUGACAGGCUGCUCGACGCAGCCUCUCGCUGGCCCGAGCUCUACCUCUAUUCCAGGGCCGACGAGGUGGUCCUGGCCCGGGACGUGGAGCGCAUGGUGGAGGCACGCCUGGCACACCAGGUCCUGGUGCGCUCCGUGGACUUCGUGUCGUCUGCACACGUCAGCCACCUCCGCGACUACCCUACUUACUACACUACCCUCUGUGUCAACUUCAUGCACAGCUGUGUCCACUGCUCAGGUCCUUGCCCUCCCCACCUCACCUCUGCUCCAGAAAUAAAUGCCUGACUCUUCCCCACAACCUACA